AUGACCGUCACUUUCGACACUUUCUGCGUCCACUCCAUGGUGGCAGUUUCCGCUGUCAUGGACCGCAAGAAAGAAGAAACUCGCGAAGCCGUCAACGCUCCAGCGAACAAGGCCGCCGAAUCCAAGGCUAACGCGACUUCCACUCCAGGUGACGCCGCCAAGGGUGCCAAGCUCUUCCAGACCCGUUGCGCCCAGUGCCACACCGUCGAGGCUGGUGGUGCCCACAAGGUCGGCCCCAACCUGAACGGUCUCUUUGGCCGUAAGACCGGUUCUGCCGAGGGUUACUCCUACACCGACGCCAACAAGCAGGCCGGUGUUGAGUGGAACGAGGACACUCUUUUCAAGUACCUCGAGAACCCCAAGAAGUUCAUUCCCGGAACCAAGAUGGCCUUCGGUGGUCUCAAGAAGGGCAAGGAGCGCAACGACCUCAUCACUCACCUCAAGGAGGCCUGCGCAUAA